UCAAAUUCUUCCUUAUUUAAACAAAACCUCAUUCCUAAAUUCAAAAUACAGCAAGACAGGAGCAAAUCAACAUUUCUCAAUUCCACACAUUUUUAAUCUCUCAUGGCCAAUGCAGCAUCAGGGUUUGCUGUGCACGAUGAGUGCAAGCUAAAGUUUCUUGACUUGAAGGCAAAGAGGACCUUUCGCUUCAUCAUUUAUAAAAUUGAGGAGAAACAGAAGGAAGUUAUUGUUGAGAAGCUGGGAGAACCAGGUGAAAGUUACGAAGAUUUUACUGCUUGCCUUCCGGCUGAUGAAUGCCGAUAUGCCGUUUAUGAUUUUGAUUUUGUUACCGCUGAAAAUUGCCAAAAGAGCAGAAUCUUCUUCAUCGCUUGGUCCCCGGAUACUGCCAGAGUGAGGACCAAAAUGAUAUAUGCCAGCUCAAAGGACAGGUUCAAGAGAGAACUUGAUGGCAUUCAGGUAGAGUUGCAAGCAACUGAUCCUACUGAGGUGGGGCUCGAUAUUAUCAAAAGCCGAGCUAAUUGAACCUGCUUUUGUAUUUUGGCAAUGCUACUAAUGGAGAGAGCCCAUUUAUGUUAAGAUAUUUCAUGGCUGUGGAUAGCAGGAUGAACAUUUAGGUAUGAUAUUGCCUGCUUUACCUGCUUUACUGGUCAAGUAUAAGUUGUGAUAUUUUCAGUGUGAUCCUAUAAAAACAGAUAUACGAAUCGGUAUUGUAUUUUCAUUUGAGUUUCCUAA